AUGGGGAAGAGGAAGACGCCCGAGAACGCGCCCCCAGCAGGCCGAAGGGAUCCGGAAGAGAAGCAGGACGGGAACGAGGAGGGGAAGAUGGAGGAGUUCUUCCAGCUUCUGGAGAGGGUCAGGGAAAUGAGAAAGCUUUGCUCCACCGGCGGCAGCGAGAGGAGGAAGGAGCUGACCUUCCAGUGGGAAGACUUCGCCGGCGCGGCGGCACCCGGUCACAAGAGCCCUCUCAAAGGCACGCCGGCGGGCACGCGCCGAAUAAUAAAGGAGACGAAGGAAGAAGGAGGAGGGUCGAGCCUGGACCUCCGACUAAGCUUGUAA